UAUAUACACCCCUCUAAAUUAAAGAACCACUCCUAUCUUUCCUUUUUUUUUCCCCUCUUCUCUUCAGAUCUUCAUCUCUCUUCUUUCGCCGGCAAAAAUGAAGUUCUCGCCGGCGGCACCACUCUCCCUCUCUCUCCUCCUCCUCCUACUCUUCUCCGCCACCACCUCCGCUCACAACAUCACUAAAAUCCUCGCCAAACACCCCGAAUUCUCCACCUUCAACCACUACUUAACCGUCACACACUUAGCCGCAGAAAUCAACCGCCGACAAACCAUCACCGUCUGCGCCAUCGACAAUGCCGCCAUGAACGAACUCCUCGAAAAACACCUCCCUACUUACACACUCAAAAACGUCCUAUCCCUUCACGUAUUCGCCGAUUACUUCGGCGCUAAGAAACUUCACCAAAUUACAAAAGGCAGUACCUUAACCGCCACCAUGUUUCAAGCCACCGGCGAAGCUCCGGGAACCUCCGGUUACAUCAACAUCACCAACAUGAAAGGAGGUAAAGUAGGUUUCGCAAAUGAAGACAACGACGGCCAUUUCACCGCCACGUUCGUUAAAACCGUACUAGAAAUGCCGUACAACAUUUCGGUUAUUCAAAUCAGCCAUGUUUUAACUUCAGCCGCCGCCGAAGCUCCUGUUGCUGCGCCCAGUGACUUAAACAUCACAACCCUAAUGUCCGAACAAGGAUGCAAAGCAUUUUCCGAUUUAUUAAAAUCUCACCUAGAUGUUUCAAAAACAUUUGCAGAAAAUGUAGAAAGUGGAUUAACAGUGUUUUGUCCUACAGAUGGAGUUUUAAACGGUUUCAUGCCGAAAUUCAAGAAGUUGACUAAAGACGGUCAAGCUUCUUUAUUAUUAUACCACGGUGUUCCUGUUUACAAUUCUUUAGGUAUGUUGAAAUCCAACAAUGGAUUAAUGAACACUUUAGCUACUGAGGGGAAAAAUAAGUACGAUUUCACUGUACAAAAUGACGGAGAUGAUGUUAUGUUAAAGACCAAGGUUGUUACAGCGACAAUAUCUGGAACAUUGUACGAUGAGGAACCAUUGUCGGUUUAUAAAGUUGAUAAAGUUUUAUUGCCACGGGAACUGUUUAAAGCAGUAGCAGAAGAACCAGCACCGGCACCAAAGGGUUCAAAAAAGAAGAAGAGUAAAAAAGGCGGCGGCGACGAUAUAGAGGACGAUAGUGCACCGGAGCCUAGCCCGGAGGACGACGAUGCUCCGGCGGAUGAGUCGGAAAACUUGAACGGAGCUAUUAGUGUGAAAAGUAGUGGGUGGUUGGUUACAGUUGUUUUGAGUGUUAUUUGUGUGGCCUUUAUUUGAUAAUUUGGACCAUAUAGUGAGUCUAUACCUUUUGUUUUGGUAUGCACAUAGAUAUGAUUUUUGCUUUUCAUCA